AUCGGUAUUUAAUGGCACUCUUUUAUGUUGGUGCAUUGGAUCGAUAUUUAAUGGCAAGCCACUCGAAUGCUAAAACUUGGAAGCUCCUGCUGAGCUCCGCCCGGCCUCGUACCAGGAGCGACGGGUUGCGACAGGUUCCCAUGCAAACGCUGAAAGAGAAAAUAAUGGCACCUGUCCUCAUCGAUUCCCUCUCUCUCUUCAUCGUAAUCAUUAAUCCCGAAGACCCACUUCUAUUUUGGGCAAAGAGAUUAGAACAAGCCUCAGAUCCACAUAUCACAUCGAUUUUCCUGCGUUUUCCUCCGCCUUCACUGUUGACUCUCUCUGCAAUUUAGUUUGUAGCAUUUUCGGUUGAUUUUUCCUUCAAUGAGGUGAAGAAUAAUGGAAAUGAAAGGAGGGUAAGGAAAGUAUCAACCCUAGAGAAGAUGCCUGUUGGAAAGAAGUCUCGCACCAUUUACCCCAUGGGGGUCUUUCCAUUGAAAUCCGGGGACCUUCAUCCAAGACCUCGCCUGCUGUUCAAUUGUGGAUUAUCGCUCCUUGGCGUGGCACACGGUAUUUAUGCGAAAAUGGAAAGGGGAGAGGGGGCACUAGGCCAUCUAACACAAAUCCUAGCAUCAUGGGUCGGCCCUGUAUCUUACAUGAUGCAAUAUCAAUGGCUCGCCCUUCUCUCUUUCACCGACGAUCAAGUGCUUGCAAUAACUGACAUAGUAGAGGCUUUAUGGCCUCCCUCUUCCAUAAUCUUCAAUAAGAUGGACCAUCUGGGGAUCAUGUCAGAGCAACUCCCCAAUCGCAUCGACGCAUGGGUGAUUGAUGGAUCCCCAAUGAUAGUUAGCACACAAAAUUUGUUGGAGUUGGCCUCAUCCAUACUGAACUCUUCAUUAUGUUUCUUGUCUGACAUUGUACCCAUCCGGUUCUCAAUGGAUAGCAAUCCCAUGGGAGAAGAAAAAGACGAUGACGACGAAGUAGAAGAAACAGCUGAUGAUAAGUCAGUUUCACUAGAAGAGGACCAGUGGAGGGCGGAGACUCUGAAGGAUGAGAUCGAAAAGGGACUGGUCAUCAUGGGAAUGGAGAUCAUGGAAUUGUACAUAGGACCUCCAUCUCCUACUUCUAGUUCAGAGGAGACAAUGAACAAGGAUGUAAAAUCAGGUAAUGUACCAGCAGCUUUGAAAACUAAUAAUUUGGAGGUGGCAAUGGUCAAGGAAGUGAAACCACACUCAGGAUCGGAGUCAUCGACAGCUAGCUCGAAAGAUGUAGUGGUGGAUAGUGACCCGAUUCUCGAGCUCUUCGAGGCAGGGUGGCACAUGAAGCCAGCUUUGAGAACUCGGAAACUAAUCCAUUAAGGCUGGGUUUUUCCUAUGCUUAGUUGACAUUUAUUUAAUGUUCUUUUUCUUUUUCUUGUGAGAUGGUGAUUACUGCACAGUAUCCUAUUGUAUAUAGAGAAACUGAACUUCUAAAACAUAUGGGAUGUUUUUGUAUGAUCUAUUCUCGACCUCAACCUCAUGCCAGCCAAUACCACAUUUCUUCUUC